UCCGGGCCGAAUACCAUACCAACACUAGCUGGUCAAGUGUUGCCCUCUCCUUCCUUUCCGGGCCGAAUACCAUACCAACACUAGCUGGUCAAGUGUUGCCCAAAUGCUCAUUGUCCAGGGACGGGCUGCCUGGACAAUAUGACCAUAUUCGUCGCCGAUACUCAUUGCACAGGGACGAGCUGGAUCGACCUUGGUGCAUUCCAGGCGACCCAUGGUGGAGAUGCGCUGGUUCCAAGUGAAUAUUUCGCACUGUGCAUCGUCAGAUCACAGACGACGCUCGCCAUGUCGGCCGUCGUGCGCUUCAUGGGUCAUACGAUCCGCUACCGCCACUGCCAGCUCAUCACUGGCCCUGAAUUCCAAGUCUGUGUGCAAGAUUGCUUCAAGGCGCUCUAUCCAUGCGACUCGGUCUUCCUGCGCAAUAUCUCCAAAAAGUACGAUACCAUGCUGGGUGGCAGCAAGGCUCGCUACCACCACGCCAAGGGGGAGCUCGUUUUCGCUCCCAUCCAUCUGCUCGAGUCGCUGUUGAAGCGAUUCGCACCGCGAAACUCGGGCAAGAGCGUGCACAUCGACGCUCUCAUGAACUCGCUCACCCCGUCGCAUUCGGUCGACGACACCGAGAGCACCGCUGUUUCGUGUGAAGAGGUCAUCGACACGCAAAAGCCGGCAGUGUCGCUCCAUGACGAACGCAGCCACCAGCGCCUCGUUCCGUGGUCCAACACGACCACUUCGGAAUGCAGAAGCGAUCCGUUCACACCUCUCAGUCCUGACGAAGCCAGCAAGCCCUUCAAGAACGUCAAUCCCAGCGGCGGCCGAGAUCAGUCCCUCUUUGGGGGAAGCUGCGUCUACGUCGUGCUCGUGGGAACGCUUGGUGACUGGAUCGUCAUCAAAUUUGGCUGCACUGACAAUCUCGAGAGGCGAAUGCAGGAGCACACCCAGUCGAUGGGUCCUGUCAGAAUCAUCGGCGCCAUCCCCACACCUCACUACAGGCACGUCGAGCGAUAUUUCAGCCAGCAUUUCAGGGGCGGCAUGCGCAUCAGUGCGAGCUUCAAGGGUGCCUCUGGUCGCAGCAAAAUGCAGACAGAGCUCUUUCGAAUGCCACCAGAGUUGUUCGAUCCCAAGGCCAUCGCAGAAUUCCUGCUCCACUCGGCUGUGAGCGUCGAGCAGGAGCUGGGGAUGACGUCUGAGCAGCUGCGAAUCGAGGAGUUCAAGUACAAGCAGCGCAUCGCAGAGGCAGAGAUCGAGAAGGAAAAGACCAAGCACAAGCUGAUCGACCUCUACGCCCGGGGCGACAUCAGCGCCCCCAUCUCUCGUCUCAUCGCUGAUCGCUGAGCAAGCCCAGUGGUUCAGCUGCUCGAGGACGCCUUACACCACCUGUCAGGCGCUUUUGAUUGGCCAAUGUACGAGAUGGAUCAGCA